AAAUAUUUUGUGGAAGGGCAUUUUGAACUUCUUGCAAGAGAUUAGCCAAGCCAUUUUAAAUAUAUAUAUUAGCCAAACGGCCGAGAAAGGUAUACCAAUUUUUAAAACACUAUUAUUUGAAGAGGAAGAUGGUCUACCGGCAAAUAGAAUGACGACCUAUGGCGUCAAGUCCUCUCCUUACAAGAAUAUCCCACCCUUUUUCCUCUCUUUAUCCCACAAAGAUCACACCGUUUUACUUGGCAACCGAACAGUCAUUUAAGUUUCCCUCCACCCCAUUCAAUUUUGUCAAACACUUGUCUUCAAAUGAUAAUCCCACCAUCUUUCACAACUUCAAUUUCGAUUCCUUUUAUGCCAAUUUAAUCGACAAUUCAUCCCACAAAAUAAACAUAACACAAGUUCAUGCCAAGUUACUCCUCCUUGGUAUACAACAAAACGGGUUUUUAGUCUCGAAAUUAGUAAAUGCAGCUGUAAACCUUGGGGAAAUCAGCUAUGCACGUAAAGUGUUCGAUAAAUUUCCCGACCCUGAUGUGUUUUUAUGGAAUGCUAUCAUUAGAGGUUACUCUAAGUAUAAUUUAUUUGCUAGUGCUGUUGAAAUGUACUCCAGAAUGCAAGUUUUAUGGGUUAGUCCUGAUGGUUAUACACUCCCUCAUGUUCUUAAAGCUUGUGGUGGAAUACCAAGUUUCAGAAUGGGGCAACAAGUUCAUGGGCAGAUAUUUAGGCUUGGGUUUGAAAAGGACGUAUUUGUGCAAAAUGGGGUUGUUGCAUUUUACGCAAAAUGUGGAAAAAUUGCGAGUGCCAAGGUUGUUUUUGAUAGGUUAGAGAUCAGGAAUGUCGUUUCCUGGACUUCAAUGAUUUCGGGGUAUGCUCAGAAUGGACAGCCUAUAGAGGCUUUGAGAUUUUUUGAUGAAAUGCGGUCAACGGGUGUAAUGCCAGAUUGGAUUGCUCUUGUUAGCGUUAUUAGGGCGCAUACGGAUGUAGAGGAUUUGGAACAUGGGAAAUCGAUUCAUAGUUGUGUGAUUAAGAUGGGUCUUGAAUUGGAGCCUGACUUGCUCAUUGCAUUGACUGCUAUGUAUGCAAAAUGUGGGCAAGUAAUGGUUGCAAGAUCCUUCUUUAAUCUAGUGAAGGUUCCCAAUUUAAUUUUGUGGAAUGCCAUGAUCUCUGGUUAUGCAAAGAAUGGUUACGCUGAGGAAGCUGUCAAACUUUUUCGUGAUAUGAUUUCCCAUAAUAUCAAAACUGAUUCAAUAACAGCCAGGUCUGCCGUUUUAGCUUGUGCACAAGUUGGUUCUUUUGAUUUAGCUAGAUGGAUGGACAAUUAUAUCAGUAAAAGUGAGCACAAAGAUGAUGUUUUUGUCAACUCUGCUCUCAUUGAUAUGUUUGCAAAAUGUGGAAAUGUUGAUAUGUCCCGUAUGGUCUUCAAUAGAACACUUGAUAAAGAUGUUGUCGUGUGGAGCUCCAUGAUUGUGGGAUACGGAUUGCAUGGUAGGGGGCGAGAAGCCUUAGACCUUUAUCAGUUGAUGAAGCAAUCUGGUGUCUCCCCUAAUGCUGUCACUUUUCUUGGACUUCUCACAGCUUGCAACCAUUCAGGUCUUGUGGAGGAUGGAUGGCAACUUUUCCACUGCAUGAAAGACUAUGGAAUCGAGCCCCGUCACCAGCAUUAUUCAUGUCUGGUUGAUCUUCUCGGACGUUCUGGUUAUCUAGAUCAAGCUUAUGAUUUUAUUAUGAACAUGCCAAUAGAACCAGGUGUAUCGGUAUGGGGAGCUCUUCUAAGUGCUUGCAAGAUUCAUCGCCAUGUCACACUCGGAGAAUAUGCUGCAGAAUGGCUUUUCUCACUAGAAUCUUAUAAUACAGGGCAUUACGUGCAGCUCUCCAAUCUCUACGCAUCUGCCAGAAUGUGGGAUCGUGUCGCCAAGAUACGAGUUUUGAUGAGGGAGAAGGGACUGAGCAAGGACCUUGGAUAUAGCUUAAUUGAGAUCAACGGGAAACUUGAAGCAUUCCGUGUAGGAGACAAGUCGCACCCGCGAUCGAAGGAGAUUUUUGAGGAACUUGAGUCAUUAGAAAGGAGGUUGAAGCAAGCUGGAUUUGUUCCAGAUAGGAAUUCUUCCUUGCAUGAUUUGAACGAGGAAGAGAUGGAGGAAACCCUAUGCAAUCACAGUGAAAGGCUAGCAAUUGCCUUUGGGCUAAUAAGUACUGCACAAGGAACUACACUUAGGAUUACAAAGAAUCUGCGGGCAUGUAUUAAUUGUCAUUCAGCCACCAAGCUUAUCUCAAAGCUUGUUAACAGAGAAAUAAUUGUGAGGGAUGCAAACCGUUUUCAUCAUUUUAAGGAUGGAGUUUGUUCUUGUGGAGAUUAUUGGUAGAAAUCCAAGCUGUUCACUGUUAGCAACACCAUUCUGGUCUCUCUCUUCGCCAAGUAUUUCUAGAUUGGUGCGAUUUGAGGUGAAUUAGGUCGGGGUGGUGGGGGGGGAGGUUUACCAAUUCAUGUCAUAAUUUUACUCCCAACAUUCAACCAAAGCUUACAGAUAUACCGAAGAAGUAUCACCAACACUUAGAUUAUGGAAAGUAAAAGGAUGAAAAUUCAAAUUUAUAUAUGAUUAAUAUAAGAUCAAUGUUUGUA